GCGGCGCCCGCGAUGGAGGUGCCGGUAGCGGCUGGUGAGGGGCUGGGAGCCUCUGGGCUGGAUCUGAGGGGUCCCGGUACUGGGGGCUGCGGGCGGCGCAGAGGCCUGUGGGGGAGGAGGAGAACGGAGCUUUGAGGCCCUGCACAACGAAGGAGGCGGCUGCAGAACUGCCAAUCAGCCAAGGAAAGGAUGAAAUGCCCAAGUGCAAAACCCUUUUUAAAGGACUGGACUAAUCACCUGAGUUUACCCUUAGAACCAGUUUCUAAACUCAAGCAUGUUGACAGGAACAAGAAGGAUGUUCUUGAGAAUGUGAUGGAAGGUGCUCAAGAGAAUGGCAAGCAGCACACUGGCCACACAGCUCAGAAGAAGCCUUCAAAUACAUCCCAGAGAGCAGGAGGGAUGUAUCUGGUGCAGCCAGGGAGCAACGUGACACUUCCUGCUUCUGCACAGACUAGAGACAGGGUCCCACCUUCAAGCUCUGAUCACCUAAAUACAGAAAGGAACCAGGAGGCUGUCACUGCAGCAGCAUCUCAGGUGGGAAAUGACCACCCUCCUCCUGGGGCACCUCACUCCCUGAAUGAGGGGCUGCAAGACAGGCUGGUCUGUCACAAGGAAAACCUCGACCCACAAGCCUCCACAUCCCUGGAGCUGAUCAGAACUUUCCAAUCUGAUGCAAACAGUCUCAAGAAGAAGAGAGUCUUGGCCGACAAGCAAAGCUCAGCUGUAACAUUAAGGCCUGUUCUGGGUCCAAAAUACAGAAUUAGUAACCACCAGGCUAAGGAAGAGCCAGUUCUGGAUAAAUUCAGGAAAACCCUGCCAGAAUCAAAGAGCAUAUCUCAAAAUACAAGUAUCAGAACUCAGCUACUGCAGCCCUCUCAGUUCCUUCCUGUUUCUGCUAAUUUGCUACAUAAAACCCCAGGGACAAACCAGGGAAAAACUUCUAUGAUGAGGCAACCUGGCACAGCUCCAGGGGGAGGUCUUAACCACCACAGCCAACCUCUCCCAGUGAGAAGAUUUCCCACCAAGCCUCCCACCUUGGGCAAGCCCCAGGGGUCCACAAACCUGAAAUCCAGCCUGAACCUAAGUGUUACUUCGCCAUGGUCAAGGCCCCUAGUUAAAGAGGGGAUGGACAGGAAGGACAUGAAGGUGGUGCCUCCUGGACACACAGCAGCAUCCCAAGGGACAGGUCACCCAAACCAGUCUCGCAGCAUACACAAUUCCAAAACUCACGUACUUAAGGAUGAUUUGAGUAGGAGAAAUCAGCUUAAACCAGAGUUGCCAAAGACAAGCGGCAUGCAGGCUAGGCGCAUUCCAAGGAUCCCAUCAGCUGCAGAUCGUAAGAAACAGCUGGAGGAGUGGUUGGCAUCCAAAGGCAAGAAAUACAAGCGGCCACCGAUGACACUGCUUCAGAAGCAGGCAGUGAAGCCAUCCUGCAGAAAGGUUGAAGCUAAAGACAAACAAGAGAAUCCACAGCAGCACUGCCAAGCGAAGAUCAGCAACUUAUUAACUGAGUGUCUGAAGCUGAUUGAGGAGGGUGUCCCUGCAGAGGAACUCGCAGCAGUGCUGUCCCUUGUGCCCCAGGCAGAGAAAUUUGCCAAAUUCUGGAUCUGCCAAGCAAAGCUGCUGGCCCGGAAUGGCCCCUUUGAUGUCUUACAGCUGUACAGAGAAGCAGUCAGUGCUGGGGCUGAGCCAGUCGAGGAGCUCAGGGAAACUGCUCUCAAUAUUUUGAAGGAUGCAGGCCAAAAAUUGGAAGGAGAAAAGGCAGAGGAACACAUUCCUUGGGAGCCUACAACACCUUGUCCAGGUGAGAGGCAGCCCACAGAAUCAACUCCAGGCCUGGUGGGGAGGCCUGUGACCUCCCUUCCUCUCUCAGUCAAGUUACAGGUUACAUCUGCAUCCAGAGGAAAGGAAUUCCUGGAAGGCCCAGAAUUGAAAUUUCUGACACCUGUGCGCCGCUCACUACGAAUUGAGAGGGCUAGGAGUCACUACCCAGAGAUGCUGAAGGACCACGACCCUGUGGUGUCAUCCCUCAGUGAAAUCCUGGAUGCUGAGGAGGAGACUUGCUUCUUCUUCCGGAAAAACACGGCUUUGCCAGAAGUGACAGAGCUGGAGGGUUUGAGUUCAUAUCCCCUCAAGAGCUCCUGAGGGGUUCCCAGCAGGGGCAGGCUGCCUGCCCACUGUGCUGUCUCGUACACACGCCCCUGGCUGCUUCUUGCCCCUCAGAUGUAGAAGAGAGGGGAUGGCACAGAAUAAGCCCUGUAUCAAAUAUCUAAAUGCUGGUUUAAAUAUAAUAAAACUUGUGGUAGAGAUGUGUGUGGGCUAGUGAAUGGUGUGGAGACACCAGCUGUGUCUCCUGGGGUUGUGUCCCCCAGGCCUGCCCUCAGCUUCUCCAUCACAUGACACACACUCUGAUUUUCCUGAUGUAGAAUGGUCUUGGUUGGACUGCGAUGUUCCAGGUACCUCCCAGUGUUCGGAAGCAAUGUCCUGAACAAUUUGGUCUGGAACUGCCUCAUUCUGGAACUGCCCUACCUGGACAGCAUCUCUGUGUCCUCUGCUGAGAGGCAUAUAUACAGACCCAGUGUCUGGAGGCACAGGUGGUAGCAACAGCUCUCAGGGGCUGGGAGACCUGCAGUGCCCCAGCAGCUUCUGUGCAGGCCCCGAGACUGACAGCAGCACCUAGAGUUGCAGAGGACCUUGGGGUGCAGCAGGCCAGGCCCCUAGCUCUGGGACAUGGUGUGGGUCUGGGGAUAGAUGAGCCCUGUAAGUGCACUCAGGCCCCCUCUGCUGCUGUCCCUGCACUUGGAGCAGGCAGCAGCACAACGUACCAGGCAAGAGGCUGGCAAGGGGAUUGGCAGGUGCUCUCUACUGUGAACAGUGACCAUACGGCAGCUGCGGAAGGUGGGGGAGCCCUACUGUCAUCCACCCCACCGCAGCAAGCAGUGGUCCUGGCCCCAUCAUGCUCUGUUGCCUCCCCUCUCUCUCAAAAUGCACCCAACCCCAGCCUUGGCUCAGCAUCUCUGUUGAGUCAUGGAUGCUGGCAGAAAUCUCAGAGCAGUGUGCUGGAGUUCUGGCAUGGGGCUGACUCCCCUCUGUGAAGCGCUACUGGCCUGGACCCCUCUGCAGA